UAUUUUGGAGGAGGAGUAAUGGGUAUUGUGAAGCACUUGUAUCUCUUCAUAUGUUGCUAUAUCAUCAGCCAUGAAGUUCCUUAUGCAAAUCAUAGGAGUCCUUUUCCUUGCAUUAGUGGAUGGAAAAUAUUAUGAGAGAUGUGAACUUGCAAUAGCCAUGAAACGUCUGGGUCUGGAUGGAUAUAGAGGGUACAGUCUGCCAAACUGGGUUUGCACGGCUUACUACGAGAGUUCCUUUAACACAGGCAGCAUAAACUUCAACCCUGGAGUCAACAGCACUGAUUACGGUAUUCUUCAAAUAAACAGCCGGUGGUGGUGUAAUGAUUACAAAACCCAGAGAGCUCACAAUGCGUGCAAAAUUGAUUGCUCUGCCCUCCUAUCCGAUGACAUCUCACAAUCUGUAAAAUGCGCAAAACGUGUUGUGGAGGAUCCUAAUGGUAUGAAUGCAUGGGUUGGAUGGAGAAACAAUUGCAAAGGAAAAGAAUUGUCUGGUUGGAUUAAAGACUGCAAGCUUGACUUUUAUAACUUACUGUAACUGAAUCCUUUGCAGAGCAUAUUUUCUGUUGCUUAGAUAGUUCUAGAAUGUAGCCCCUAUCCUAUCUUGUAUUCAUGGCAAGCACCUGCUAAGUUACAGUAAAGUACA